UAAGGCCCGUGGGGCGCUGGGCGCCAUGGCGCUGUCCAAGCGGGAGCUGGAUGAGCUCAAGCCGUGGAUCGAGAAGACGGUGAAGCGGGUGCUGGGCUUCUCGGAGCCCACCGUGGUCACGGCCGCCCUCAACUGCGUGGGCAAGGGCAUGGACAAGAAGAAGGCAGCGGACCACCUCAAGCCCUUCCUGGACGAUUCCACGCUGCGCUUUGUGGACAAGCUCUUUGAAGCCGUGGAAGAAGGGCGAAGCUCCCGGCAUUCCAAAGCCAACAGCGACCGGAACCGCAAGCGGGAGCUGAAGGAUGUGUUCGGGGACGACUCGGAGGUAUCCAAGGAAUCCUCCGGGGUGAAGAAGCGGCGCAUCCCUCGCUUCGAGGAGGUGGAGGAUGAGCCGGAAGUGAUCCCAGGCCCGCCGUCGGAGAGCCCGGGAAUGCUGACCAAGCUGCAGAUCAAGCAGAUGAUGGAGGCGGCCACGCGGCAGAUAGAGGAGAGGAAGAAGCAGCUCAGCUUCAUCAGCCCCCCGACGCCACAGCCCAAACUCUCCUCUUCCUCCCAAUCGGAACGCCUGCCCAUCGGGAACACCAUCCAGCCCUCGCAGGCGGCCACCUUCAUGAACGACGCCAUCGAGAAAGCCAGGAAAGCCGCCGAGCUGCAGGCCCGCAUCCAGGCGCAGUUGGCUCUCAAACCCGGGCUCAUCGGCAACGCCAACAUGGUGGGCUUGGCCAACCUGCACGCCAUGGGCAUCGCGCCGCCGAAAGUGGAGCUGAAGGAUCAGACCAAGCCCACGCCGUUGAUCCUGGACGAGCAGGGCCGCACGGUGGAUGCGAGCGGCAAGGAGAUCGAGCUGACGCAUCGCAUGCCCACGCUGAAGGCCAACAUCCGGGCCGUGAAACGGGAGCAGUUCAAGCAGCAGCUGAAGGAGAAGCCUUCCGAAGACCUGGAAUCCAACACGUACUUCGACCCCCGCGUUUCCAUCACCCCGGCGCAGCGGCAGAAGCGAACCUUUAAAUUCCAUGAAAAAGGCAAAUUUGAGAAAAUAGCCCAAAGGUUGAGAACCAAGGCUCAGCUGGAAAAGCUGCAGGCGGAGAUCUCGCAAGCUGCCCGGAAAACCGGGAUCCACACGUCCACCAAGCUGGCUCUCAUCACCCCCAAGAAGGAGCUGAAGGAAGGGGAGAUCCCGGAGAUCGAGUGGUGGGAUUCCUACAUCAUCCCCAACGGCCUCGACCUAAAAGGCGGAACGUCUUCCAAGAGGGACGAGUACUUUGGCAUCACAAACCUCGUGGAACACCCGGCCCAGCUCAACCCACCAGUGGACAGCGACACCCCCGUGACUUUAGGGGUUUAUUUAACCAAGAAGGAGCAGAAGAAGCUGCGGCGCCAGACCCGCAGGGAGGCCCAGAAGGAGCUGCAGGAGAAGGUCAGGCUGGGCCUGAUGCCACCUCCGGAGCCCAAAGUCCGGAUCUCCAACUUGAUGCGGGUUUUGGGCACGGAAGCUGUGCAGGAUCCAACCAAAGUGGAAGCGCACGUGCGAGCCCAGAUGGCGAAGAGGCAGAAAGCCCACGAGGAGGCCAACGCCGCCCGGAAGCUGACGGCCGAGCAGCGGAAAGCCAAGAAGGUGAAGAAGCUCAAGGAGGACGUGUCACAGGGGGUCCACAUAGCGGUGUACAGGGUGCGGAACUUGAGCAACCCAGCCAAGAAGUUCAAGAUCGAGGCCAACGCGGGGCAGCUCUACCUGAGCGGGGUGGUGGUGCUGCACAAGGAUGUCAACGUGGUGGUGGUGGAAGGAGGCCCCAAAGCACAGAAGAAGUUCAAGCGGCUCAUGCUGCAUCGGAUCAAAUGGGAUGAGCAAACGGCGGCCACCAAGGGCGAGGAUGAGGAGGAGUCCGAUGAGGAGGCUGUGAAGAAGAGCAACAAAUGCUCGCUGGUGUGGGAGGGCACCGCCAAGGACCGCAGCUUCGGCGAGAUGAAGUUCAAGCAGUGCCCCACGGAGAACAUGGCCCGGGAGCACUUCAAGAAGCACGGGGCCGAGCACUACUGGGACCUGGCCCUCAGCGAGUCCGUGCUCGAGGGCACGGAUUGAGCCCCCCCCCCCCCCCUUUCCGCCAUUAAAGACCUAUUUUUUAAUGCAAA